AUGGAGGGGCCGGUGUGUUACUAUGAGAGAAAGCUGGGAGAGCAGGAAACGGAGAUCAAGUAUCUGACUGCUGAGAUAGAACUGCUCAGAAACUUUUCAUUUGCGGGAAACUCCCCUAACUUAGAUUCCUUAAGGGAAGAAAACGCAAAGCUGAAGUACCGUUUAAACAUUCUGCGCAAGAGUCUUAAAGAAGAAAAAAACAAGUCAGUGAAAAGUAUGAUCAACAUCAAUGCCCAACUACAAGAGCUAUUUGGAAGAGCUAUCAGUGCUGCAUUUCCUGAAUUGAAAGAUGCCCCCUUGGCAGUCACUCCAAGCCAGCAGGCAAAAUUUGGUGACUAUCAGUGUAAUAGCGCAAUGGCACUUACACAGAUUUUGAAAGCAAAAAAUCAAAAAGUGAACCCGCGUGAAACAGCUGAAAAAAUUAUUAAAAAUCUUCCUACCAAUGACUUUAUUGAGAAGACUGAUAUAGCUGGUCCAGGAUUCAUAAAUAUUCAUUUACGAAAGGAUUUUGUAUCCAAACAACUUUCCAAAUUGCUGGUAAAUGGGGUUCAACCGCCUUCAGUUGGAGAAAAGAAAAAGGUCGUUGUUGAUUUUUCUUCUCCAAACAUUGCCAAAGAAAUGCAUGUGGGCCACCUACGCUCUACAAUAAUUGGUGACAGUGUAUGCCGGUUAUUUGAGUUUGUCGGACACGAUGUUCUCAGAUUAAAUCAUUUGGGUGAUUGGGGUACCCAGUUUGGCAUGCUUAUAGCUCACCUUCAGGAUAAAUUCCCCAAUUAUCUGUCUGUCUCACCACCUAUUGGAGACCUCCAGUCUUUUUACAAGGAAUCCAAAAAGAGGUUUGAUGAGGAUGAGGAAUUUAAAAAACGAGCAUAUUCCUGUGUGGUGCAGCUACAGAGCAAGCAAUCUGAUAUCAUAAAGGCAUGGAACUUGAUAUGUGAAGUCUCCCGUAAAGAAUUUCAGAAAAUUUAUGACUGUCUGGAUAUUCGCAUCAUCGACCGAGGGGAAUCGUACUAUCAAGAGAAAAUGAUCCAGGUUGUGAAAGAAUUUGAAGAGAAAGGUCUCUUAGAGCUUGAUGAAGGAAGAAAAGUUGCUUUUCCUCCUGGGUGUACCGUGCCUUUAACAAUUGUGAAAUCUGAUGGUGGUUUUACCUAUGAUACAUCUGACCUGGCUGCUUUAAAGCAGAGACUUGCUGAAGAAAAAGCUGAUAUUAUCAUUUAUGUGGUUGAUAGUGGACAGGCAGUACAUUUACAGAAUGUGUAUUCAGCCGGACAAAUGAUUGGCUGGUAUGACCCAAAGGUGACAAGAGUGGAACAUGCUGGAUUUGGUGUUGUUCUAGGUGAAGACAAAAAAAAUUUAAAAACCAGGUCAGGUGACACAGUGAGACUCAUUGACUUAUUGGAAGAGGGGCUGAAACGCUCUAUGGACAAGUUAAAAGAGAAAGAGAGGGAUAAGGUUCUGACUCCUGAGGAAUUAACAGCUGCUCAAGAAUCUGUUGCCUUUGGUUGCAUUAAAUAUGCAGACUUGUCACACAACCGGAUGAAUGACUAUAUUUUUUCAUUUGACAAAAUGCUGGAUGAUCGAGGAAAUACAGCAGCUUAUCUUCUCUAUGCUUACACUAGAAUAAGAUCUAUAGCAAGAUUGGCAAACAUCAGUGAAGAGGUUCUGCAGAAAGCAGCUCAGGAUGCCGAGGUCACUUUGCAGCAUGAGAAGGAGUGGAAACUGGGCAAAUGUAUCUUGAGAUUCCCGGAGAUUCUGCAGAAGAUCCUGGAUGACCUCCUUUUGCAUGUACUGUGUGAUUAUCUGUAUGAGCUGGCCACCACCUUCACAGAGUUCUAUGAUAACUGCUACUGUGUGGAGAAAGACAGACAAACUGGUAACAUUGUCAAGAUAAACAUGGGCAGGAUGUUGUUGUCUGAAGCUACAGCUGCUAUAAUGGCCAAAGGGUUUGAAAUCUUGGGCAUUAAACCAGUCCAGAGGAUGUGA